AUCGUUGACCUCUUUUGGAUAUUAAACUAUUUCAGUAAAAGGUCUGCAUGGGCCGGAUUUAAGAUUCCUUCUGGGGAACCUUGUCUAAAAUGAAGUUAUGGGAUGUUCUGGCCACGUGUCUGUUGCUCCUGAGCUCCGUCGUCUCCACGCGCCCUAUCUUUCCAAAGCUGCAGCCCGCCAAGAGGCCUCCUCCUCCUCCUCCUCCCGCGGUGGUGGGAUUACAUCGUGAUUCUGCUGCUGCCCUCUCUUCUGUGGAGGACUCUCUCGCACGCCAAACAAUGAGCCAUCCUCAGCGCCAGCACCCAACUCCAAUGGAGGAACAAUACGACCUUGAAGGCCCGUACCCGGAUCAGUUCGACAACGUUAUGGACUUCAUCGAGGCCACCAUUGGUCGACUACGCCGUUCUCCCGGAGCCAACCGAGGAGGAGGUGGAGCAGGAGGAGGUUCCUCGGACAGAGGCGAGAGGCGGAGGCAAAGAGGUGCCGCCACAGGCACAGACCGUGGAGAAAGGGGGGAAGGCGAGAGGGAGAGGGGCAGGAACGGGCGCGGCGAGAGGAGGAAAGGCCAAGGUCGGAAGGGCCAGGGCGGCCGCUCAAGGAAAGGCAAAGGCGGCCAGGAGCAACUGACUGCGAUCGCGACGGCGGGCCGAGGAUGCCUGCUCCGCGAGAUCCACCUGAACGUUACGGACCUCGGGCUGGGCUACCAGACCAGGGAGGAGAUGAUCUUUCGGUACUGCAGCGGUCCUUGCUCGGAUGCAGAGACCAACUACGACAAGAUCCUGAACAAUCUGACUAACAACAAGAAGCUGGACAAAGAAAGUCCAGCUCGGACUUGCUGCAGGCCCAUCGCGUUCGAUGACGACCUCUCUUUCUUGGACGACAACCUGGAGUACCACACUCUCAAGAAACAUUCCGCCCGGAAAUGUGGCUGUGUGUGACAGACAGACAGGCAGAGAGAGGAAAUCUGACAGAGAAAGGGAAGGUGGCCUGUAAGCUUUCACGGAGCAGUGGCCAGCACAGACACUGAGACCCCACGUGUGUUCAACUGUUCAAGCUAUUGCUUGGGCAUGGACUUGGGCCAUGUGGUCAGUUCCACAGAAGGUCAAGAGAAAGGGCCAUCUCCCUCAGCAUUCACACAGAACAAGAAUCGCAUGGUCAGUGUGAUGGAUGGCUGGGUGUGGACGGUGAUGGUGGUCUCCUCCAAGUAGAGAGAGAGAGAGAAGGUCAAGGU